ACCGAUGCACUUCUAGUUGAAGAUACAGAAUCAAGUUUUGAACAAAAUUUAAAUUCUACUAAUCAGGAAACAAUUGACUCUAGAUCUGAUGAAUAUGAUGAUACAGAUAAGGAGAUAGAUGAAAUAAUAUUUGAUAAUUUAGCUUUGUCAAGUUUAUCAAAGAAACGCAUUCCUUCACUACCAAAUGAAAAAGAAGCUGUAUUAGUUUUACAAACUAAUAGCAGAAAUAAUUUAGAAAUUAGUAAAAGCUAG